UAACGAGAGUCGCCAAUGUCUCCCACUCUAUAAAAUCCUGACCAGUCAAAAAGUCAACUCGACGAUCCCUGCUUCCCUCUCAUCCUGUCCACGCCUUCUUCCCCGGUAGACCCGAUGAGCACUUCAGGCGUCGGCGUUCCCCGGGCACCUUUGAACGCCAUCGCGGUGGCAGUCAAGGGCGACUUGGGCGGAUUCAGCGCCGGCGGAAAGGCCAGCAGGCGAGCCGUCCGGUGGGCCGCCGAGAAUCUCUUGCCUGCAGCCGACCGCUUGGUCUUAGUCCACGUCAUGCCUAAGAUCACAUCAAUCCCGACACCAUCUGGAGACAGGAUACCAGUGGAGGAAUUGGAUGAGAGUAUGGUGGCCAUGUAUGUGGGAGAGAUGAAACUGAAGUACGAGGAAGUGUUCGUUCCGUUUAAGAAGCUCUGCAAAUCGAGCAAGGUCGAAACUCUGGUGCUAGUAGAUGAUGAGCCUGCUAGUGCACUAAUCAGAUAUGUAUCUGACGCUGGGUUGAGAGGUUUAGUGUUGGGCUCCUGCUCUGCGAAUUUGUUUGCGAGGAAGCAAAGGGUGCCAACUGUACCUGAAAUUGUUCUGAGAUGCGCUCCAGAAACUUGUGAUGUGUAUGUAAUAUCUGGAAAUGACCUUGUCAAUAAGUCAGUGGGUGGCUCUAGGAAUGGAGCUUCCUCUCAAAACCUUGCUACUUUGUCUGAUGAGCAAAUUUCUAGGACUUCUUCUUCUGGAGAGUCUUAUGUACAUGAUACUUCUAAAGCCUCAGCUUUAGCAAAGCUCAGCUAUGUAAAUUCUCGGGCAUCCACACAUACAGAUCACCCACACCGGAAGUCUUUAGAUGAAAACAGGAACCGUUGUAACCUGCAAGGAGAUCUUCAAAUUACAUGUGAUUCCACGUCUUCCUCGAGAUCUGAGCAGUCAGAUGUGCAAGCUGAAAUAGAGCAGCUGAGGCUGGAGCUUCAAGCUACUGUUUCCAUGUAUGAACGCGUUUGUGAAGAGCUAGUCCACACCCAAAACAAGGUCCAGUUGCUUUCUUCGGAAUGCCUUGAAGAAACUCGAAGAGUAAAUGCUGCCAUGGAAAGAGAAGAAACUUUGAGGAAAAAUGCAGCUGAACAGAAAGCUAAACAUUUGCAAGCCUUGAAGGAUGUCGUGAAGGGAAAGUGUUUGUUCGCUAAUGAGGAGUACAAACGGCAGAUUGCUGAAUUGAAUGCCCUCCGGGAAUCCUCAGAGAAACAGAAAAUUGUCAAUGCACUCCUAUUAGGUGAUAGGAGGUGUAAGAGGUACACCAAGUACGAAAUAGAGAUUGCAACAGAUAAUUUUUCUAAAGCUAAAGUGAUUGGUGAAGGAUCAUAUGGAAAAGUAUACAAAUGCAACCUGGAUCAUACUCCUGUAGCUGUUAAGGUUCUUCGUCCUGAUGCAAAUGAAAAGAAAGAGGAAUUUCUCAGAGAGGUUGAAGUUCUGAGCCAACUACGACAUCCGCAUAUGGUUUUGUUACUUGGAACUUGCCCAGAGAGUGGUUGCCUGAUCUAUGAGUACAUGGAGAAUGGAAGCUUGGAGGAGUACAUAUAUCACCAAAAUGGAGGGCCGCCUCUUCCAUGGUCUGCUAGGUUCCACAUAAUCUUUGAAGUUGCCUGUGGACUGGCAUUCCUCCAUAACUCAAAACCCGAACCCAUCAUUCAUCGGGACCUAAAACCUGGAAAUAUCCUAUUAGAUAGGAACUAUGUAAGCAAAAUUGGGGAUGUUGGGCUUGCAAAACUCAUGUCCGACGCAGUUCCUGACAGCAUCACAGUGUACAGAGAUUCCAUGUUAGCUGGUACAAUCUAUUAUAUGGAUCCUGAAUAUCAACAUUCGGGCACGGUUAGACCCAAAUCAGAUCUCUAUGCAUUUGGCAUGAUUAUCCUUCAGUUACUUGUGGGUCGCCACCCUAAGGGGCUCUUAUUGAUGGUAGAAGAAGCCGUCUCGAAAGGCUUUCUCGGUGAUAUUCUUGACAACACUGUGAGAGACUGGCCAGUUCCUGAAACCGAGGAGUUGGCCCAAAUUGCACUUAGUUGUUUGAAGCUUCGUUGUAGGGAUAGACCUGAUCUUGAAAGUGAAGUACUACCAACUCUUAAGAGGCUUGCUGAUUUUGCAAAUUCUAGUCAAAGAUCUGGGACGACUAAUGUGCCAAGUCACUACUUUUGUCCGAUCUUGCAGGAAGUAAUGGAGGACCCGUACAUUGCUGCUGAUGGCUUCACAUAUGAGCACAGAGCGAUAAAGGCGUGGCUUGAAAGGCACAAGGUAUCGCCUGUGACCAAAAGCAGGCUCCCCCAUUCUUUCAUAAUACCAAACCACACAUUGCGUUCUGCCAUACAGGAGUGGAGGUCACGCCUCCCAUUUUGAAGUACAUUGCUUGGGAAAUACCUCACUGUGGCAGUGCAUAUGAAACUUAGCAGGAUAUAUAUUUAUGAAAGAUGGCCUUGAGAAAGAACUGCCUCCUCUAGUCGUAGGAUUGGAUUCGGUUUGAUAAUGAUUCUAUGGUGCAAUCUCUCUUUCCCGUGCUGAGGAACGCUAUUGUAGGCAUAAUGUGUAUAUAAAUUGGUUGAGGAUGGCAUAUUUGCUGUAUAAUGACCAUGCUGCCCUCUGAUUAUUGGUAGUCCCUUUAUUUCUCCUUCU